AUGGCCGCUGUGAGUUCAGUGUCAACAUUUUCUGGAAUAAAGCAGUCGUUCGAUGGUUCCAGGAAAAUUUCAGCUCGAAAUUUGUCUUCAAAUUUUGAAACUUUUAAGUUUCGUUUGAGCAUCAAUGGCUUGGAUUCCCUUACUGUUAAUAGCUCUAAUAAAGCUCGUUGCUUUGCUGUCCAUUGCAUGUCUACUACUACAGAUGUGCCAACAGUAGCAGAAACGAAGCUAAAUUUCCUAAAGGCAUAUAACCGACCUAUUCCUAGUAUCUACAACACUGUGUUGCUUGAGUUGCUUGUCCAACAGCAUCUAAUGAGGUACAAGAGAACGUAUCAGUACGAUGCUGUCUUUGCUCUGGGAUUCGUGACUGUCUAUGAUCGCUUGAUGGAAGGGUACCCAAGUGACGAUGAUCGUGAAGCAAUUUUCCAAGCAUAUAUAAAGGCUCUAAAGGAAGACCCUGAAAAGUCCGAUGCCCAAAAAUUAGAAGAGUGGGCUCGUGCUCAAAAUUCUGCAACUUUAGUUGAUUUUUCAUCAAAGGAAGGUGAAGUUGAAGCUAUAUUAAAAGAUAUUGCAGAGAGAGCAGGAAGCAAGGAAACUUUCAGUUACAGUCGAUUCUUUGCUAUUGGUCUCUUUCGUCUUCUUGAGUUGGCGAAUGCUACAGAACCCACUGUUCUAGAAAAGCUAUGUGCUGCGCUUAACGUAAACAAGAAAAGUGUGGAUCGGGACCUUGAUGUAUAUCGCAACUUGCUCUCUAAGCUUGUUCAAGCUAAAGAACUCUUGAAGGAGUAUGUAGACAGGGAAAAGAAAAAAAGAGAAGAGAGGGUGGUUGAAUCUCAGAAGGCCAGCGAAGCUGUACAGAAUUGUCUUGUAGAAAGUAAUUUCUAG